GAUUUGACCAUCGAUGUCGAAGCCAGCUUUCGAUAAUCUUGUCGAUGAUGUCCAAUUACUUAUCUCUCGUAUGCGUUCACGUGAAGAUGCUGCAGAUGCCUUGCGUCAACAGGCAUCAAAAUUACAAGCACAGUUAUUGAGUAUGAGACAGUGUCGAGAAGAAACUCUUGGAUUUGAUGAAUUUUCCAAGUGUGUAUCUGGUCAUCCAAAAGCUCAAUUGCUUAUGUGUCUUGCAGCAGAAAAUAAACAAUUAGAACAAUUAAGAAUUGAAAAUAAAACAUUAAGAAAUUCUCUAGAUGAACAUGACACUGCCUUAGAUAUGAUUAUGAGUAAAUAUCGUGGACAGAUCUCUAAACUGUUAAGAACUAAUCAAGUAGAACAAUUUGUUCAGUCAAUGAUGAUCCCUAAACCUAGUGACAUUACAUAUCAGAAUAUUCCUUGCCCAACUAAACCCACUGAAUCUCAGUCUGUAUCCCAUAAAUCAAAAUCAGUCAAAAGUAUUCCUGAAGGAUCCUGUAAAGUUGAAGAAAGUAAAGAUGCUUUAGUACAAUCACUAACAGAACAACUGACUACAGUUGCUUCUAUAGUUCGUGAAGUCACUGAUCAAGGUGAUGCAUAUGCUGCAGAAUUAGAAGAAGAACUGCAUCGAUUACGAUCUGAAAAUGCUGGUCUCCGAGAACUAUUAAUGAUCUCUUCUGAUCAUUGUCCUGACAAUAAUAUCAGUGAUUCAGUUCACCUACCACCAGUAAAUUUAUCAUCAUCAUCGUCAAAUAAAGAUCCUUUACAACAUGAAUCAAUGCUAUCGUAUCCAACACGAGGUUAUAAUUUUCUUAGUGAUGAUGAUUCUAAUUCAUCAAGGCGUUUAACAUGUAUUGAUGAUCAUUCAUUAAGAGGUGGUGAAAUCAAUAGAAAUUCUUACUUAUAUGAUGAUAUCUCAUGUAGGGAUUCUGUUCGAGGUGACAGUAGUUUCAUCAAUGAUCAUAACACAGAUCAUUCAAUUAUAGAUAGUGGCGAUGAAGAUGUUAGUACAGUAUGUAGUGGUAAUAACAGUAGUGAUGAAUCUCAAACGCCAUAUCCAUUGUAUUGUCGGGAUGAAUUGAAUAAUCCUGAUGAGUAUACUUGAUGUAUGAUGAUGAUGAUGAAUGUAAAUCUCUCCUUGAAGUUAAUAUUAUAAAUUUAUCUGUCUGCCUACCCACCUACUUACCUACUUGAUAGAUAUGCGCAUAUACACCUAUAGUUGUGUAUUUAAAAUGUAAACUUGAAUCUUUUGGUUAGACAAUUAGUUUCUGUUUUAAAGGUUAGUGAAGUGAAGUUUUGUAUAAUCCCCUCAAGCGUAGUGCGUGUGUCUGUGUGUGUGUGUGUCUGUGGUGCUUAGCUCACCAUAUAGGGUGCUGUAUUUUUCCUUACUACUACUAAUACUACUAAUAAUAAUAACAGUAGUAACAUUUCAACAGGAUGAAUCCAUCUUGCCUUCUAUAUUCUUUCUUUGAGUUUUUUUCUAAUAUGUAAAGAAAGAAGAACAAGUAUAUAAUUAUUGUUUAAAGUGUUUUUAAAUUCAAUCUACUUUUCAAUCAACUCAUGAAUUAUAUUAUUAUUACUAAUAUCAUUAAUAUUAUUAAUAUUGUUAUUUUAAAAUGCUUCAAUAUAUGUCCGGUUAUAAUUUUUGUUUGGAAUUUAAAAGCAACCAAUCGAUAAUUUAGUAUUGUUGUGUGACAGACAGAUUGAAACACAACUGUUGACUUGUGAGAUUGACCAAAGGAAAAGAAAAUACAAUUAAUUAUAAAAUGUAUUUUAUGAUUACUUAAUUUGUGUGUACAACCAUUUGUAAGUUGACAAGAUGUGUUGAAAUGUUGAUAUGACAUAAGACAUUUCUGUCUAAAUCAUUGACAAUUACAACUGUAUACAAUUCUGUUGAGUGAAUAAAUAAAUAUAUUUAUUCAGUUGUGUUUAAUUUAUAUCAACUUCGACCAUGGAGUGAUAUCAGUUAGUGAACCAUUAAUAACCAGGAAGUCAUAGUCCGGGGUUCUUCGGCAGUACUCACCCAUCGUCGAAUCAGGGGUUGCACCCAGGACGUUCCUGUUAGAAGGCUGGUCGUUAGGCCAAUCAGCCACAUGGAUCUGAUUCGAUACUCCAUGAAUUCCAACUUCUAACGAUUUGUGGCUUUAGC